UUCUAUAAUCUAAAAUGAAAUUCAGCCAAUUAUUUGUUCUUUUAAUAAUUGCUUUACAUUUUGUGGUUGCUCGAGGGCUGAUUUUCGAAGACAAAGUAGCUAAAGGAACCGGGACCGGAAGUGGUACAGGGCGAUGAAUAUUUG